AUGAACUUCCAUGGAGUUUGGAAUCAGAAGCAAACCAGUAGAAAACUAAAAUAACAAAUCUUUUUUUUUGUAACUAAAAAUAACAAAUCUUGAUUACAAAAAUGGCAAUAAUAAUGGAGAAGAGAACGGUAAUGAUGAUGGUAUUUAUGUUGAUGGUGAUUCUGGCGUGGCAGAACGAAUGCCAUGGAUGGGAAGCAGCAGAGGAUAUUGUCAGAAAUGAAUCAGAGGAUUCUAAAAACGCUGCUGGAACCGUCACAAACAUGGCGGCCAAGGCAACUCGUGAUGCCAAUGACAAAACCGCAUCUUGGACUGGUUGGGUUUCUGAUAAAAUCUCAACAGGAUUGGGAAGCAAGAAAGAGGAAGCAAAAGAAGCGGCUGAAUCUGCAAAGAACUACGCCUAUGACAAUGCCGGUUCCGCCUAUGACAAUGCAGGAUACGCCAAGGACUUUGUAUCUGAUAAGGCCGGCUCUGCUUACGACAGUGCUCAAAAUGCAAAGGGUUAUGCGUAUGAGAAGGCCACUGAUGCAAAGGAUAUGGUCUAUGACAAAGCGGGUCAAGCCAAGGAUAUGGUCUAUGACAAAGCUGGUAGAGCCAAGGACACGGCUUCUGACAAGACUGGAUCAGCCUAUGACAAGGCCAGUCAAGCCAAAGACAUAGCAUACGACAAGGCUAGCAAAGCUAAGGACAUGAUUUAUGAUACCGCAGGAUCAGCCUACGACAAGGCCGGUCAAGCCAAAGACACAGCAUACAACAAGGCUGGCCAAGCUAAAGACAUGGUUUAUGAUACCGCAGGUUCAGCCUACGACAAGGCCGGCCAAGCCAAGGACAUGGCCUAUGACAAAGCAGGAUCAGCCUACCACAAGGCCGAUCAAGCCAAGGAUAUGGUCUCCGACAAAGCAGGAUCAGCCUACGACAAGGCCGGUCAAGCCAAGGAUAUGGUCUACGACAAGGCCGGUCAAGCCAAGGACAUGGUCUACGACAAGGCGGCUCAAGCAAAGGAAAAGGCCGGUCAAGCCAAGGACAUGGUCUACGAGAAGGCGGCUCAAGCAAAGGAAAAGGCCGGUCAAGCCAAGGACAUGGCCUACGACAAGGCCGGUCAAGCCAAGGACAAGGCAGGUCAAGCCAAAGAUAUGGCUUAUGACAAGGCUGGUCAAGCCAAAGAUAUGGCCUAUGACAAGGCUGGUCAAGCCAAAGAUUUGGCCUUCGACAAAGCUGGAUCAGCCUAUGACAAGACUGGUCAAGCCAAAGAUAUGGCCUACGACAAGGCUGGCCAAGCCAAGGACACUGUGUAUGACCAAGCAGAUGAUGUGAUUAGAAUGGCUACGGAUAAGAGUGAUGAAGCUAAAGAAAUAGGUUAUGGAACAUACGAGAGAGCAAAAGAAGGGUCCAAAAAUGCUAAAGACGUUUCAUUUGAAAAAGCUCGUGACGUUAGAGAAACUGGGGGGCAAGCGAUGGACUAUAGUAAAGACAAAGCAACAGACGCGUACGGAUUAGGGAAUGAAGCUGCCGGGAAAUUGGAGGAGGAAAUGUAUAAAGUUGGGGAAAGGUAUGGUGCAGCAAAGGAUUCAACGUCGGAGAAGGCAAAAGAAGCUUAUGAGAGUGCAAAGGAGAAGGCUUCUGAGGCUACUGGAGAGUACGGUGCAUAUUUAAGGGACCAUAGUGUUGAGCUUUAGAACCGGAGAAAUUAUACACGUAUAGGGGUUGGAUGAGACUUCAGAUCUUUCUCGUGAAAUCUACAUGGAACUGCUUUGUUUUUGUUGAAAAUGCAUUCUGACGGAAGUUUAUAUGUACUUAUGGAUGUGUCACACAUUUAAGUUACAUAUAUAUGUACGACAAUGUCUUUGACCCUAAUAAACUUGUAAGAACUAAGAAGUUGAAAAGCCAUAGAUAUUACAAUUAUAUGGAUUAAUAUGUUAGGAGACGUAGGGUUAAUAAUGUUCAUAUCUAAUAUAUAUACAAGAUUGUC